GGGGGUAAAGAGGAGAGACGGGUGUCGUCUUCUUCCACCGGAGAUGGAGAAAUAAGCCGACGAAGUUUUUUUUUUUUAAGUGGAAAAAAAGAAAAAAAACAGUAAUCGUCGGACAACCGAAGCGAAAUCCCUAAUUUCCCAACACGAAACACCAAUUUCCCCAUUUCGAAACACAAACACGGUCUGUGAUUACCUGAGCUUCCUGGUUAAAAGAGUAUGGUUAUUGGAUGAUCAGAUAUCGUUUUGCAAGAGACUCAAUGUCAGACGCUAGAGAUAAUGAUGACCGUGUGGAUUUCGAGGAAGGUAGCUACAGUGAGAUGGAGGAUGAAGUGGAGGAGGAGCAAGUAGAAGAGUAUGAAGAGGAGGAGGAAGAAGAAGACGAGGAUGAUGAUAACAACGCUGGCAAUCAGAAUGCGGAAGAACAUGAGGUGGAGGAUUAUGGUGAUAACAAAGGAGGGGAUAGGGAAGAUGGUCAGGAGGAAAUAGCUGAAGAUGAUGACAACCAUAUUGAUAUUGAGACAGCUGAUGAUGAUGAUGAUGAGAAACCAGCUUCUCCUAUUGAUGAUGAAGAAAAGGAAAAGUAUUCCCAGCUUCUUUCACUUCCUCCUCAUGGUUCUGAAGUUUUUAUUGGUGGGCUCCCAAGGGAUGUUGGAGAAGAGGACCUGAGGGACCUUUGUGAAGAAAUGGGAGAGAUCUUUGAGGUGAGACUGAUGAAAGAUAGGGAUUCUGGUGAUAGCAAAGGUUAUGCUUUUGUGGCCUUCAAAACGAAAGAUGUUGCACAAAAGGCCAUUGAGGAGCUGCACAGUAAAGAGUUUAAGGGAAAAACUAUAAGAUGCUCUCUUUCCGAAACCAAGAAUAGGUUGUUCAUUGGUAACAUCCCAAAGAACUGGACUGAGGAUGAGUUUAGGAAAGUCAUAGAGGAUGUUGGUCCUGGAGUGGAGAACAUCGAACUCAUAAAAGACCCAACCAAUUCCACUCGUAACCGUGGUUUUGCAUUUGUUUUAUACUACAACAAUGCAUGUGCUGAUCAUUCAAGGCAGAAAAUGAUAGAUUCUAAUUUUAAGCUUGAGGGUAACGCUCCAACUGUGACUUGGGCAGACCCAAAAAGCUCUCCUGAGCAUUCUGCUGCUGCUGCUCAGGUGAAAGCCCUUUAUGUCAAGAAUAUUCCAGAGAAUACCUCAACUGAGCAACUAAAGGAACUCUUUCAGAGGCAUGGAGAAGUGACGAAAAUCGUUACGCCUCCUGGAAAGGGUGGAAAACGUGAUUUUGGGUUUGUCCACUAUGCUGAAAGAUCUAGUGCAUUGAAGGCUGUCAAAGAUACCGAGAGAUAUGAAAUCAAUGGUCAGCCGCUAGAAGUUGUGCUUGCUAAACCCCAGGCUGAAAGGAAGCAUGACCCUUCUUCCUAUUCCUAUGGUGCUGCACCUAAUGCUGCCCCCUUUGUGCAUCCCACAUUUGGUGGUUUUGCUGCGCCUCCUUAUGGUGCUAUGGGUGCUGCGGGCUUGGGUAUUGCUGGUAGUUUUAGUCAGCCAAUGAUCUAUGGUAGAGGAGCAAUGCCAACAGGAAUGCAAAUGGUUCCAAUGCUUCUUCCCGAUGGCCGAGUUGGCUAUGUUCUGCAACAGCCUGGUAUGCAGAUGGCGGCACCACCACAACGACCCAGAAGAGUUGACCGGAAUAACGGCUCGAGCGGAGGGUCAGGCCGAGAUAACAGUCAUGACCAUGAUGGUAACCGAGGAGGCCGAAGGUACCGACCCUACUAGCAACCAUAGAGCAAAUAAGCAAGUAGAAAAAGAAAAAGAGAGGUGUAUUGGAGAUUUGUUUGUAGUUUGUUUCUUUGGAGAACUUUGAAAGCUCUCUCUCACGUGUUAUAAAAUAUGAAAUCGAAACCUCACGGUUUCUGAUUUGAUAUGGAGAUUUCUGAGGGGAUAGGGUGCGAGUGAUUUGAUCUUAAAGUAUGAGACUUUUUUUCUCUUCUGAAUAAUACUCUUCUCAUAAGGUUUUCUUUUUGCUCUUUCU